AUGUAUAGACAUCUUUUCAGAGCAAAACAAUCCGCUUACAGAAGAAUGUCAUCCAGUACCGCCAAAAAACCUUCUGUUCAACAGCCAGAAUGGUUUCCUCCAACCAAGAAGUCCAAUGAAGCUGGAGUCUUGAAACUUUACAACUCGUUAACCAGAACUAAGACCGAGUUUGUCCCAUUGGUCCCUAACCACAUCACCUGGUAUUCGUGUGGUCCAACUGUCUACACCCACUCCCACAUGGGGCAUGCCAGAAACUACGUUUCCACAGAUAUCAACAGGAGAAUUUUACAAGACUACUUUGGGUACAACGUUCAGUUUGUUCAAAAUGUCACCGACAUUGAUGACAAGAUUAUCAUAGCGGCGCGUCAUGAGCAUUUGUUUGAGAGCGAGAUUGUAAACAAGUAUGAAGGUGGAGUUACUUCAGAAUUGGUAGACUUGGUUAAGACCGCCUUGUCUUUGUAUAUCAGUAAGAACUUGCCAGAGUUCAAAUCGAGCUCAGAGGAUAACUCUGGUUUCCUUGAAUGGACUAAGUCAAUUGAUAUUCAGGCGCAAGCUGUUACCAUCCCCAAGUUUCCAAUGUAUGUUAAGGCUGCUUCUGAUGCCCAAUUAGCUUUAGACAAUGUUCAAUCUAUUGAGACUGCUGACUUCUUCAAAUCCGUCAAAGAUGUUACCACGCCACACUUGGAUUCCAAAUUUGGCUCUGAAAUCAACGACCCAUCGAUCUUUAGAAAGUUACCAAGAUACUGGGAAAAUCAAUUUAAUGAAGAUAUGAGUAAAUUGAACGUGCUACCUGCAACAAUUACUACCAGAGUAUCGGAAUACAUCCCUGAUAUCAUUGAGUUUGUUGAAAAGAUUAUUGCCAAUGGAUACGCCUAUGCUACUAACGAUGGCUCUGUUUACUUUGAUACCAACAAGUUUGAAAACUCUUCAGACCAUGCCUAUGCCAAAUUACAACCAUGGAACAAGGGUGACAUGUCAUUAAUUAACGAAGGAGAAGGUUCUUUGACUGGAGGGCAAGAAACCAAGAAAAACCCUGCUGAUUUUGCUGUAUGGAAGGCAUCCAAGCCAGGUGAACCAAUGUGGACCUCCCCAUGGGGCCAAGGUAGACCAGGAUGGCAUAUUGAAUGUUCUGUUAUGGCUUCUGAUAUCGUUGGCGAAACUAUGGAUAUUCACUCUGGUGGAGUGGAUUUGUGUUUCCCACAUCAUGAUAACGAAUUGGCCCAGUCUGAAGCUCAUUUUAACAAUAAGCAAUGGGUCAAUUAUUUCUUACAUAACGGUCAUCUUCAUAUACAAGGUCAAAAGAUGUCUAAAUCCUUAAAAAAUUUUAUUACCAUUGAGGAGGCUCUUGAGAAGUUUAAUGCAAGACAAUUAAGAUUGGUCUUUGCAAUGAAUGCUUGGGAAAAGACUAUUGAUUUUAAGGAUAGUUUUGUCAAGGAAGUUAAGGCAUAUGAGUCUACAUUAUCUAAAUUAUUUACCACGAUCCGUGCCUUGAAUAAUGAUUACAAAUACGAACUGAGCUUACCAGGUUCAUUUAUUAGCAAAAGAGUUGGGCCAACAGAAAAACAAUUGUACAAAGAUUUAGCAUCCACUCAGAGUGAAGUUCAUGACGCAUUAUGUGAUAAUUUAUCGACUCCACAAGCAUUGAGAUCAAUUCAAGAAUUGGUAUCUAAAACUAACAACUAUAUUCAACAGACUAGUACGGGUAAAGUCGACUUAAGAAUAGAGCCCUUGUUGGCUAUAAGUAAUUGGAUUACCAAAUUUUUAAACAUUUUAGGGUUCGAAACAAGAUCUGAUGGCCUUGGAUGGUUAGAUGCUGAAGAAUUAUCGGGUAUCGCUGAAACUGGGAACGGUUCAAGUUCUGUUGAAGAAAUUGCCAUGCCAUAUGUGAAGGCGUUAUCCAACUUCCGUGAUACCAUUCGUAAUAUGGCGAUUAAUAAGGAAGAGUUAUCUAAGAUUUUAUCAGCUUCGGACUCCAUUAGAGCUGAUUUGAUAAAACUUGGUAUAUCAUUAGAUGAUCGUCCUAAUAACUUGCCUGCGCUUGUCAAGUUUUUGAAUGCUAGUGAACAAGAAGAUUUAAUCAACCAGCAGAAGGAAAAGGAACAGGCCUUGUUGGAAAAGGAGAAGAAGAAGCAACUUCAAGCAUUAGCAGCAGAACAGAAGGAGAAGGAAAGAUUGGCUAAAAUGAAGGUUAGCCCUAUAUUAAUGUUCAAAGAUGAGUCUUUGUAUUCAGAGUGGGAUGAAGAAGGUCUCCCAGUCAAGGAUGUCAAAGGGGAAGAGGUCACCAAGAGUAUGAGAAAAAAGCUUGCCAAACAACAGCAACAACAGAAAAAGUUGCAUGAAGAAUAUUUGAAAUCGAACAACUAA